AUUAGCAUGAGGUAAGGCCCAGAUGAAGUUUUGGAUCACGUGUGUGAGCUCACUGUCCGGACCGAGAGCAGCUCGGCAGCGGCACUACAGCUCGUCUGGGCGGACGCUUCCACUGUAACCACCGCCUCUUUCUCCAACUGCUCUGGGACAGCAUUUAUGCUGCAGCUUUUUAUUUGUGAGCGCCAGUCCACCUUCCAGGACGGUGUGACGGCGUAAAAGAAGUGUUAAGACGACAUGGAAAGCCCCAUACACCCGAGAUGACCGACGGUUUGGUCGAAAUAAUCACGUCUUUUUGUCGUCAGAGAGGGAAACUUAAAACAAGGCUUGUUUUUGGAGUCCCACCUCCCUUCCUCGCUCCCAGUAGGAUUUGAUUCAAAGGCGAAACCAAGAUGGCCGCCGAUUCUGUGCAGGGGGAUGCCAGGGGCCAGCUGGUGGCGGAGCGACUGGGCCUGGGACACAACCUGGACCUUUCUGAUACCAUGGUCCAACAAAAACUGGACGAGAUCAAGGAGCAGAUCCGUCGUGAAAUCCGCAAGGAGCUGAAAAUCAAAGAAGGUGCAGAGAACCUGCGCAAGGUCACCACAGACAAGAAGAGCCUGGCUUAUGUCGACAACAUGCUGAAAAAAUCAAACAAGAAGGUUGAGGAGCUCCAUCAGGAGCUGCAAGAGCUCAAUGCCCACAUUGUGGUCAAAGACCCUGAAGAGCUGCUAGAAUGCCCUCUGACCCCAGAUACUCCUAACAGUGAGGCCAGAAUGAGCACCAGCAGCAGCCGCCUCGCCGCCCUGAAAAGGCAGAAUGACAUCGAGCUCAAGGUCAAACAGGGUGCAGAGAACAUGAUUCAGAUGUACUCCAAUGGGUCCUCUAAGGAUCGUAAGUUACUAGCGACGGCCCAGCAGAUGCUUCAGGACAGCAAGACAAAGAUUGAGUUCAUCAGGAUGCAGAUCCUCAAGGCUAGCCAGGCCAGCGAGCUGAGCUUCGAGAACCAUGAUGUGUUGGAAAAGCCUAUGAUCAGCCCAUUAGACCUGCGGGUGGAGGAGUUGUGUCACCAUGCCAGGAUAGAGUCGGCUGUAGCUGAAGGAGCCAAGAAUGUCAUGAAACUCCUGGGCUCGGGAAAGGUCACAGAAAAGAGAGCACAUUCAGAGGCCCAGGCUCGUUUUAACGAGUCCAGUCAAAAGCUCGACCUCUUGCGAUAUUCCCUAGAGCAACGCCUCAAUGAGUUACCUAAGAACCACCCUCGCAGCAGCAGCAUCAUAGAAGAGUUGUCUCUGUUGUCCUCACCGGCCCUCAGUCCCAGAUCCAGCAUCAUCUCCACACAGAACCAGUACAGCACCGUCACCAAGCCCGCUGCACUCACAGGCACGUUAGAUGUCAGGCUCAUGGGCUGUCAGGACCUCCUGGAAAACGUCCCAGGUCGGUCCAAAGCUGCGUCUGUCCCGCUGCCCAGCUGGAGCCCCAGCGAGACACGCUCAUCCUUUAUCAGCCGAGCAAACCGAAACCGUGGUGUGAGCUCAAGGAACCUGACGAAGAGCGAGGAGGUCUCCAACGAGAUCAGUGCAGUGUUGAAGCUGGACAACACAGUAGUCGGACAGACGAGCUGGAGGCCGGUUAGCAACCAGGCCUGGGACCAGAAGUUUACCUUGGAACUGGACCGGUCUCGUGAGCUCGAGAUCUCUGUGUACUGGCGUGACUGGCGUUCGCUCUGUGCUGUCAAGUUCCUGCGGCUGGAAGACUUCCUGGACAACCAGCGUCAUGGGAUGUGUCUGUACCUGGAGCCACAGGGGAUGCUGUUUGCUGAGGUGACAUUUUUCAACCCUGUCAUUGAGAGACGACCAAAGCUGCAAAGGCAAAAGAAGAUUUUCUCUAAACAGCAAGGUAAGACUUUCCUGCGAGCCCCUCAGAUGAACAUCAAUGUCGCCACUUGGGGCCGACUGGUGAGAAGAGCCAUACCAAGUGUCAGCACCAACUCCUUCAGCCCACAGGCUGCUGAGACCGGGCACAGCAGUCUGCCUGGUUCACCCACACCCAGCAGUGACCCACUGGUGACCAAGCUGGACUUUGAUAAAGAGCCCACCCCGGGACCCAAACACUACCCAGCACCCGAUGACAUUCGAGAGCCUCUGGCGCAGAAUAAGAUGCCCAACAGGGAGGCAGUACAGGAUGCACUCUCCUCAUUUGACUUCUUGAACAAGAGAAACAGCAUGGCAGUGAAACCAGACCUGGACAGAGAGGUGGAGCAAGAGAUCCAGCAUCCAGACCUGGAGCUCACCGCCUUCCAGAAAGACACAGUGAUAAGGGAAGAAGAGCAGUUCCAGUUCAGUCUCCAAGACUUUAAAUGUGUGGCAGUCCUUGGACGUGGUCACUUUGGAAAGGUAUUGUUGGCAGAAUACAAAAGCACAGGAGAGAUGUUUGCUAUCAAAGCUCUGAAGAAAGGAGACAUCGUGGCUCGUGAUGAAGUGGACAGCCUGAUGUGUGAGAAGAGGAUUUUUGAGACGGUCAACAAUGUCCGCCACCCGUUCCUGGUCAACCUGUUCGCGUGCUUCCAGACACAAGAGCACGUUUGUUUCGUGAUGGAGUACGCAGCAGGAGGCGAUUUGAUGAUGCAUAUCCAUGCUGACGUUUUCUCUGAGCCCAGGGCCAUAUUUUAUGCAGCCUGUGUCGUAUUGGGAUUACAGUACUUACACGACCAUAAGAUUGUGUACAGAGAUUUGAAGCUGGACAACCUGCUCCUUGAUACAGAGGGCUAUGUAAAGAUUGCUGACUUUGGACUUUGUAAAGAAGGGAUGGGUUUCAGGGACCGCACCAGCACAUUCUGUGGGACACCAGAGUUUUUAGCUCCCGAGGUUUUGACUGAAACAUCGUAUACCCGUGCUGUGGACUGGUGGGGACUGGGCGUCCUUAUCUUUGAGAUGUUGGUUGGAGAGUCUCCCUUCCCUGGUGAUGAUGAGGAGGAGGUGUUUGACAGCAUUGUCAACGAUGAAGUUCGCUACCCACGGUUUCUCUCGACCGAGGCCAUUUCCAUCAUGAGGAGGCUUUUAAGGAGGAGUCCAGAGCGACGUCUUGGAGCAGGAGAGAGGGAUGCAGAGGAGGUCAAGAAACAUCUCUUCUUCAGGAAUAUGGAUUGGAACGGACUAUUAGCCAAGAAGGUGAAGCCGCCGUUCGUGCCGACCAUCCAGGGCGCCAACGACGUCAGCAACUUCGAUGAUGAAUUUACCUCAGAGGCUCCCAUCUUAACCCCACCCAGGGAACCCAGAGCGUUGAGCUCUGAGGAGCAGAACAUGUUCUCUGACUUUGAUUACAUCGCCGACUGGUGUUAGCUUCACCUGACGCCCUUCCAAACACACACACACACACACUGUGAAGCAGCUGACGUAGCUCUGACUGUAGCUCACAUCAUGUUAAAUCUCUCCUCUUCCUACCCAACAUGUGGAGGAGGAGCAGUGGCUCCCGAGCGUCUGGGCAAAACUGUGCCAUUGAGAAGAAAGUUCUGACUCCUCCUGAGGACACCUGAAUAAUUUUUUUAAUCCAUGAAGAACAUUUUUUUAAGAAAAGGAAAAAAGAAACUUGUUGGAGAGUGAAGGAGGAGAGGUGCUCUGUCCUCCUGUACAUGUAGUCACGUUUGUCGUCUGACCACUGAGAAUGUGUUUCAUGAACUCUGAGAAGGCGGCAACAUCACAAUCAGUUAUUCAGUGUCACUGUCUUAAGUUUGCUCUGUACAGGUCAUAUUCAAUCA